GCGCUGCAAAUGCGACCUAAGCCUCUGCAGCAGUGGCCGGGAGAGCAGGCGACCCUCUUGCCCGGCUGGCCCCGCUCUCCUCCCGCAUCUCCCUCUGGGCGGUCCCGCUCUUUCCCCCCCCAGCAGACCCGAGGGCUGGCUGGCGUCCUGCGCACCUUGGGGAGGGGUGGGGGAAGAGAGCGAGCGAGAGGACCCGCGUUAUUUGCUGCAGCAGCGGCAAGAGGAAGCAGCGACUCGUCAGCUCCAUUUCUCCGGAGCAGCGCGUGGUGGAGACAGCCACUGCGCCGCCAGCUCGCUCCAGAGUCCUCCCGAUCCGGGAUCGGGGCACGCUUGCCUGAAGCCGCCAGACUAGCCGAUCCGGACAGCCCUCGUCCUGCAACGCCUCUGCCGACUGCAGCCUCGCCGCUUGCAGGUAGGCGUCUUCCCCAAGCCCCAGCCGUGCACAGCAAUGUUGCUGCGGCUGCAGCCUGUCUGCAGGCGGGAUGCUCGGAGACGCGGGGUGAAAAGCGGGUCAGAGGCAGUGGCCCCGGCCACGCGUCUUCUUGCAGACAAAACAAGGGGAUGGUGAGUGGGCGCCUCGGGACACCCUCGGGGCAAUAAAAAAUCACUUCUAUCUCGGAGUAAGGAACCUCCCGACGCGCUUCAGCCUUAUACUCCCCUUGCAAUCCGGGUGAAUUAAAUUGAUUUCACUCCCGCGCCUUUUGUGAUUGCAACACGGGGGAGGGGAGAGGGUUAAUUGGUGUUUGGGGGUUGUGAGGAUAGAAACGGGUGCAGCUUCUUCCGCGGCAUUAUUCCGGAGUAGAAGGACGGGAUAUUUCCCCUUAGCCUCAGGAGACGUGAGAGAUUUCAGGGAACAGAAAACGAGAAGCUCUUGUUUUUGUUUUUCGCCGUUGCGUACCAGGCGUCUUGUUUUUAACUCUGCCGGGCUCCGGUUCAACUUGUUCGCAUUUUGGGUAGCGGGACUGGGGAAAAGAUCGCCGUCGCAGAGUCCACGGUUUUCCUUUAUGGUCAUUGUAGCCAAGGUUAGGAGGGGUGCUCAUGGGUGUAAUAGUCCUUCAAUAGGAAAACACACAGAGAAAGAGAUUCGCUAGUAUUUGUAACGUGUGAAUGCUGUUGUGCAGUAGUUCCAUCAUUUGGCAUAUAGAGUACUACUAAAGUAGGAUCCAACUAUUAAUUGUAUCUGCAGCUUUUAGUGAAUUGAUUAGCUUAACUGAGUAUACACCUCUUGAUCAACCAAUUAAUUGAUUUUAAAAAAACCAAAAACCCAUGCUAUUGUAAAUUGAGGUCUGCACCUUUUUAAGCCUAGGUUUGUAUUAGCUUUACCCCUCAAAACUCUCCUCUAUUGCUCUUGUGGAAAUACACUAGGGUUGGAUAAAAGAGGAUGCUUCUGCAAUUAUGUGAACUGAGAAGAGCGGUUCUGGAGGGGUUGGGGCAUACCUAAAAAUUACGUAACUCUUUGGUGACCUGGCCCCUCCUUCAACACACUGGGUGCCUGCUGUCACUCCGAUACCUAGCCACCUGAAGACAGACUCUUGGAGUGUGUUCAUUAUUUGAACCAUUUCGUUGAACAGCAUAAUCACAAGAUACAGAUGGACAGGUGUCUCCCUGUUUUUAGUUGCAAAGAAUAAGAGUAACAAGGAGAAUUCUGCAAUCCAUAUUUGGGCAGGACCUUUAUUUGGCCAACCAAUGCCAGAAAAUAGUGUGCAAACUUUCAAGUUCUGCAGAAUUUCUCAUCAGGCUAGAAGAUGGUAAGCAAUGCAAAUGAGGGGAAGAGGAAGAAGAAAUGGCUGUGGGUGAAGUGUCUUAAGCUAGAUGCAAAUCCAUGGCUUCUUCUCCACCAGUCAUUUUUCACUCCCUUCUGUAUUUAUCAUCAAGCCUGAUUAGGAGUUCUGGAGAAUUCAAGAGUUUGCAUACUAUUCUGCCAUACCUUGGUUGACCUAAUAAAGGCAUUGCUCUAAUAUGGAUUGUGGAAUUUUCUUUGUGGGACAUCUUGCUUUCUGUUAGAAUCAGCACAAUUUCAUUUUAUUGGAUCAACUUCUGAUCAUGUCAGUAGUGUGCAAGCUUUUUCAAGUAGCAUUGAGUUCUUAAUUCAUUCUGCAUAUUCACAUAUUCUUACAAACAGUUGGUUCACUCACAGGGCAAGCCAUUAUUUGUCUACACAGAAGUAUGUCCCUUUGAGUUAUUUUCUAUGUACCACACACGAAUAUUUACCAGUACGUAUAUAGGAAUAGAGCUGUGGUUUCCUGAUGCAUUGAUACAUACAAUUUGAAAGGGUAUGUACUGCAGUCACAUUUUUGUGACUGAGUAUACACAUGUGAAGCUGUCUUGAGUGAGAAUAAAACAUCAUACCCUUAAAAAGAUACUGGGUUUUAUGCUGGGAUGAAGGCAGUUGAGAGUCAAGUCUGAAAGCCUGCCCCAUAAUCCUAAAUAUUUAUGGAAUUAUUCUGGUUACCCAAUAUGCAGGAAAGCCAGGGCUGUAUUCUGAUACUAAAAGUGGGUUCUGGAGUUGAGUCUCAGCUGAAGUUGAGCCCUGUCUUCUCCUUUCCAAAGCUGUGGAUAGAACUCACUGAGGUCCAGUUAAUUUUGUUUUGUUUUGUAAAAGGCUAGUGGUAAUUUGUUCCCAGUACAAAUUACCUUUAGACUCAUAGGAUUGUAGAGUUGGAAGGGACCCUGAGGAUCAUCUAGACCUAGUGCCGGAUUUACGUAUAAGCUAAACACUCUCUUGGGGGGCCCCAAAAAAUGUAAACAAAAAAACUGGAUGUACAUUUCCAAAAUAUAAGAUAAAUUCAACAAUUACUUUGAUAAAAUACAUAUUUUGUUAUGUGCAAAUGGCUUUAGGUCCAUAAAUUUCCAUAUAGCAUAUAUUCAACACAAAAACCAGCGACAAUUUGUUGUUGACAAAGGACAAUUGGACAUAUAAAGCGCUCCAUUACCUUCAGUAGCUUAGGGCCUCAUCAAACAUAAAUCCGGCCCUGUCUAGACCAACCUUCUGCAAUGCAGGAAUAUGCAACUGUCUCAUAUGGGGAUCGAACCUGCAACUCUGGCGUUAUCAGCACCACCAACUAAGAGUCUCAUGCUAUUAUUUUUGAGAUGUGUGUACUAGGUGAUUUUAUACAUAGCAGUUGCAUUCUUCUGCUCUACAGACUAGUACUAAUUACGGCAGGGAGGGAAGGACAGGAAGCUACUUUCUUUGGGGCCUGUCCCUAAUCUGCUAGGAUUGAGGCCACCAGUAUUUUCCAGGCAGCUAGCCAGAGAAUCACAAGGAUAAAACAGAGUGAGGCCAUCUGAAAGUCACCAUUCAAUGUCAGUCAAUUAACACCGGAUGAGACCUUUAUGCUGAAGGAUUCACUAAGUGUUCAGGAGUCUAACACAAAAUUGGGCUGGGGUUUCUAGAACAGAGCUUAAGAAAGGCAGAGGCUUUGGGCCAAUGGACACAAUGUUGACAUAGACCUGAAAUAACUACCUUCAGAUCGAUGACCUGCUAAACAAAAUAAAUAUUGCACAUUAUAGGUGUUGUUAAUUUAUAUUUUACAGAGCGAGGCUCAUCGGGCAGGCUCUGAGCAGGGAGAUGAAUGGACACUAUAAAUACAAUCUGCAAGAAAUGAGCAAAGCUCUCUUUGAAGCUACCAAGUUCAUCUGAGAUGGUUCCACACUAAUGCAUUUUCUCUGAAAUUGACAUCACUUAUUUUCAUAGUUAUCACACAGAAUCCAGAUGACGUUGCUGCCAGACUGUUGUGUUCCAGGCCUUCUCCCAUCUUCUUUGUGUUAUUGCCCCCCCCCAGGUGCACCCCACUCCUAACAAAUUCCAAUGCAAUUUCAGCUCCCGACUUUCAAAUGUGAACUUGCAAGAUAUUACGGUGUAAGAUAUUAUGGAUGAACCUUGUGGAAGCAGCAGUCAGUGAUGAGACAGCUGGUGAAACCUUCCUAUGUUACUUGCCUUGCAUACCCAGCAGAACCACCACCAUUACUAGUCUUGCCCCCACAGAGCACUUUUGCAAAAGUUAACAUUCCACAGUUAUCUGCUUGGGAAAGAGAAUAGAUAAUGUGAUUUGUCCUCCUCCCACACUCCUCUCCCAUCCCUGCCAAACAGCUUAUCAGUGGUGUUUUUUGCUUAAACAGAGAUAUUAAUCUGCCACCAUUUCAUAUUUUGCAAUACAAUUUCUUCUUCCCAUUCCUUUUCCACAGCUUGCAUUUGAGUUUUUCUUCAUUUUUUAAAAAGCGUCUUUUUUUGUGGUAAAGUGCCAGUGCACUAAUAAAACUUAAAACACGUUAUUGAGAAAAUGUUCACACUUGCUUGUUCAAUUUUUGCUUGAUUUUUCCAAUGGUUGGUGCAGUAACACGCUGCCCACUUUUGCCUUUGUUAUGGGAAUGGGCUUUGCAGGAUGAGGGGUGAUAUGGCGUUUGAUUAUGAGUGCUGUGUGGAACCCUGAGGUGGAUCUGCUUCCAGCUGAUCCAAAAUGCUUCAUUAACACUAAAGAACCUUUGUAGUGUAGCACUAAGGAGUAUACGUAGCUUCUUUUAUUUUGCCACCGCAAAAUAACAUUAACUCGGUUCCAAUGAGUUCCGGCUGAAAUCUGAGUGAAAUGUUUUCUUAUUAGAACUACAGAUGAACCUUUCCAGAUGAACAAGAUUUUAAAUUCUGCUUGAUUGGCACUUUGUGGGGUUUUUUAGGGCAGGGAUGGGGUAUGUGUUACCCUCUAGAUAAUGUUGGACUCUAAUUCCGAUCAGUUCCAGCCAGCAUGGCCAACAGUCAGGGAUGAUGGGAGUUGUAGUCCAACAUUAUCCGGAGGGCGAUCCCUGCCUUAGGGGCUUGAAGGAAUAUGUGCAGAGUUUAAUGCAACACUGUUUUGACUAGUUUUUUCUGGGAAUAUGACCUUUGCAUGUCAGGAAUUCUCCCCCUUAAAAAAGAAAAUGGAAAAAUUGCAUACGUGCUCCCCACAUUUGGACACAGGUGAGACUACACUGAUGGAGCCACUCUGUUGGGGAAAAUGUUGACUGUGUGAACUGGGGCAAUGGUUUAUCUGAUCUGCAAGCAAGGAGAAGAGAAUACACCCUGAAGCCUCCAGCUAUUUGGACAGGCCUGUAAGGAUAACAUAAAACGGGAACAUUGAUUCACUUGACCGUUUUGUGCAGAAGAAGAUACAAAAAAGACACUUACCUGGAGAGUGGAGUUCUGUGUUCAUUUUGUUUACUUAUUAAUAUUCCUUAUUAUUUGUUUUGCAUUACUGUGAGUUUUUGAAACUAACUAGAUAACUAACUAAAUAUAAACAUUUUAAAAACCAAAAAUGUUAAGUAAAACUGCAGAGCAAAGCAAAAUCAUAUGAGUUUGAAGAAUAUUGGGUGAUAACUAAGAUUUGAUAUUGGAUUCGGCUUACAAGCCUGAGAGAAUAAAGUGAAUUUAGUCCUAGAGACCAUGUUACAUAACGACUGGGCCAUUUCUCUUUACCCUUCUAUAUAAAUGUAAUUUCCCCACCCCUCAGAAACCUGCAACAUGCAUGAGGGAAGACUUUACCUGUCCCAGACUAGAGGCAUUAAGGAGCAUAGCUCCAUUGAUUGGUCCCAAAUUGAUUUUGAGAGGAAGGUCUGCUGUCAAAUUUCACUUGGCUACCUGCCUCCCAGGACCCAAGGUGACUCCCUCCUCUAGGGACCAGAUGAUUUAGUCCUGCAUCUUGCUUCAUAUUGUUGCAAAUGAGGCCGCAUCACUGAAAUUAGACACAGCAAAGGAAAAGGAGGGGUGUCACCUUGCCCUGAAAGUACUUUCUGUGGUGAGAUUUUGCCCUCUAUUACAUUUUGCUCAAAGGCACAGCAGUGAAGGCAGCCGUGUGCCUGGAUCGAACGCAUUUCACUCUCCAGCAUUUCCUUCCCUAAUAGAAAUGCAAUAUCUUCCCUUGCAUUGCCAGGAUUCUUUGCACCCGCAAUAAAAAAUAAGGUCCUCCAUUCUUAUUGUUUAGAGGGGAUUAAACCCCCCUCUUAGUGGCUACAAUGCUGGGACUGUAGGAAGCACAAGAGAGAUUUGAGGGAGGGGUCUGGAAGGUUUGUUUUUGAAGCCAAAUCUGAAGGACAACAACAACAACAACUUUUUAUUUAUACCCCGCACAUCUGGCUGGGUUGCCCCAGCAACUCUGGCCAGCUUACUAAAUACACACCCACCCACCCACCCCAGACUAUGCAGGGAGUUAGAAGCCAGGACUGAUGUGCUCAUUCUACCAACCAUUAAAGCAUCUUCCUUUCAAUCCCUUCACUUUUUCUUAGUCUGUAAUACAGCCUUCCCCCAACCUGGUAACCUCCAGAUGUUUUUUUGGACUCCAACUCCCAUAAUCCCCAGCCAGCACGGUCAAUGGACAGAGAUGAUGGGGAUUGUCGUCCAACAUCAACUGGAGGACACCAGAUGGGGUAAAGCUGGACUACCCUAUAAAGCAAUCUGACCUAGCUUCUAUAAGCUUCUAUAAGCUUCCAUACACUUAUCUACCCACCUACCCUUUGUCUAGAUUACUGUACCAGUUCCAGGCAGCCAGCCAAGCUGGUUCCACAGUGGUGAUGUAGGGUAGCCAGGCCUCACUGAUGCUCACAAUUAGUGCCAAGCUUAUUGAGUUACCCUAGUUCUUUCCAACCUUCUCUCUCUCUCUCUCUGCUGAGCUGCUAAUGACCUUUUUGUUCUUGCUGGUGUAGGAGCAUUCAAGCUUCUGAGCUGCACAGGAUCCUUCAUGGGAAUGGAAAGGUCCAGUGCAUUCUGGAGGAGGUGGAAUAGCCAAAGUGCAAGAGAUGUCAUGUGAAAAGCUAGGGUUGCCCACUCCCAUUCUGAAGAAAAAAGCAACUGUGGAGUCCUGAUCUGGAAUGUGCUCUCUGAUCCAGAUUGGGGCCUCCUGACACUUUUCUGCUGAAAAUGAGUCAAGAGGGCUUGGUUUUCUGUGCAUGUGCAUGCACACACACAUACACACAGAGGGACCUUAUCCUGAUUGGAAUAAUAUCCUGGAUCAGGGCCCCAAGGCUGCUUUUUCUCCAAGCUAACAGUAUAUUCACAUUAGCAGCUUAAAAUGCAGAAAGGUAACCUUCUGCUAAAUUUCCCAGCUGCAUUUACACAGUUCUGCUCUCCUCCAAAAGGGGAUGGAGAUGUCUUAACCCAGCACGCAUGGCCUUGAUGGUUUCCCUGCCCCUGCAACUCCCCAGGAAACUCCAACUCGUGAAAUUCAACUGCACAUUUGUGAUGGCUGUUAGGGUAUAUUCUCAUUACCGUUUACCAUUUCCUACUUGGAUUAAAGUUUGUUUGAGGAAAACGUAUCAAACGGCAGUGUUGGUGAAGCAACUACAGGAUCGAUAUGGAUUGUGGCUAUUGUCAUGUGAAAACAGCUUCGGGAAACUAGGGGCAGGAGUCAGUGGUAAUGUGAACAUACCCUCAAAGUGGCCAGUUUAAGCUUGUUUAAACACAUGACAUUCCUGUGAGGCUUGGUUCUUAAAUAUGGGCUUGGUGUGCAGCAAUUAAAUAUGGAGAUUUGUCAUCUACUAAUUGCUGCAGACUGAGCCACUGAGAAAGGCUGGCUGAGAACUUUUGACACCCUUAUAAUACAAAUCUUACCUGUCUGCAGGUGCAUUCUAACUCCCCCCCGCCCCGGUACUCUUCUUGGUUAUAAAUAGGAAGAUUGGUAUACAGAUUUGCAAAUUGUUACAUGAUUGAUAUGGAUCAAUCAAUUCCUGUUUCAUGUGGAGGGGGGAGGUUUCAGCCGGAACUCGCCAGAACUCAGUUCCAGCACCUCUCAGGUGGGCACCAUUGCAUUAUAAGAGAACAAAGGAGGCGUUCAUGGUGAGUUCCCACACCUCUUUUUCUAGAAAAAUAGCACCGGUUUCAUGAAUGAAGCCCUAAGUUUAAUCAGGGAGCGUAGGAGCUGCUUGUGUUUCUCAGGCUAGAGUUGACCCUAAACUGAGGUGUUGGAAGAGUUGCCUGCAGCUGGCUUGCCUUGAAUUACCUGUGGUGAUGGGGAGAUAAGAGCAGUUGCUGGACAUUUUCCCCUCACUCGAGUCAAACAAUGAACAAAGGGAAGGGUCCAACUCUACAGUGGAUUAUCAAAGCAGACAGGUGGGGGAAUAAGGACAUUGUUGGAGUGGAACAGAGAUGAAAGCAUGCUAUGCAUAGGAACACACCGUGGAGAGGGGAGCUAGGACUAGGUGGGAGUCCAUUUUGUGUAAUCUAACUGGCAUGCUUCAAGGCGGCAGUGAAGCUAUGCAAUCCAAACUGAUUUAGUAAUCCUUUCCCUUUCUCUUUUUUCAGGUAGUCAAAAUGAGCAGCGGUGGUGGCACUGUCUGGAUAAUGGGUAUAGCUUGGGCACUGGUCGUGUCAUGGACCAGUGCUACAGGCAUGGAGGUUCGCUGCUUGCCUGGAGGAAAACACAAAGCCAGCCCAAGCCCAGAAGGACAGCUUGGCAUUUGCCAGAUCUAUGCAGAAAGUGAGUAUUGGUUAAGGGCACGAAGGCAGCAGGAGGGAGAAGCUACAAGGCUUGAAGAGCUUUGGGCAAGCAGGAAGUGGAGCUCUGAAGCCAAGGUUCCUCUCAGCAUUUCCCCACAGGUUUGAGGAGAGAUGAGCAAACCUCCUUAUGGUGGUUGAUGAAAUAAAUGAGAUGAUCAGAUGCAAAGUAGACCUGUACCUUUAACAAGAGUUGGCAUAGAAGAGUUGUCUAGAAGCUGGUAAUACUUAUCUCUGCCCUAUAUUCUGGGCACUAACCUGUAGGCCUCCAGAUGUUAUUGGACUCCAGCUCCCAUCAGCCUCUGCCAGUAUGGCCAAUGGUCAGGGAAGGUGGGAGAUGAAGUCCAGCAGCGUCUAGAGGGCCUGGGCUUCCCCACACCUGACACAGUGUCAUCACUUCCUCUAAUAGUGAAUGAGCGGUCUAGUUAGCCUUGCCCCUAGCCCUAUACUAAUAGCUGCAUCUAAACAUGUACUGGGAAAGUUUGACCCAUUGAUUCAGUGGCAUUUUAUUCCACAUGGGAUUGUUUUAUUUUUCUUUUAAAAAACACACAAUCUCAGACAAGGGAAAUUGAGUUAACCUUUAUAUUGUCCUAUAAAGGGUGGUCUUGCUUUAAUUUAGUAUAGGAAUUUACCAGCUUGAUAUUUUGUCUUGUACUAAUAAGGUCAUAUUUUGCAUAAUACAGUGCUGUCAAUCAAUCACAAAAAUACACGAAGAAAGCUGAAAUAGCAGCCCCCAGCUAACUAUGUUCAAGGAAAUCAAUGUUGUAUGAUUAUUUUACUAUAUAACAAAAAUGUCUAUGCAAACACAUUUGAUAUGGACCAUCAAUUUUUUACCUCAAAAAUCUUGGGAAUACUGCUACCAGGCAGAACUUACACAUGACUCUGCUGAACAAAAGAGCCAAAUGAUGGCCCUUCAACUUCAUGUUCCUCAAAUCUUUCACUUCAGAGUCCAGGACCUGGACUUUCUCUUGGUUCAGGACCGUAUCUGAGGAGGGCAAUGCUCCAGACAAACAGAUCAAAAGAUUCACUUUUUUAAAGUUAACAGAUCUUUCUUGUACAUUUUCAGCCUCGGUUGUUUUUCAAGAAAAGAGGAAGGCUAGUGAGAAUAAUAUGUACUGUAUUUCAUUUUGAGGCUGCAAUGAUCUCAUAGCCCUGGCUGAUCAAAAUUUAACGUGUGUGAGUAGCAUGCACUGCUAUGCACAGGGUGCAAAGGAACUCAGCAGAGGCAACCCCUGGUGCCUGGGGGAAACUUUGGAGGGUUGUACACAGAGGCCACAGAGACUGUAGGGAGCGGGUGGGGAAUGGGACAUGGGUAUAGGAGUAUAGGGUUCUUAUCAUGCCCAGAAUACCUGCUAGGGAAUUUAUGUAUGCAUUGGCUCAUCACAUGGUAACUGGUGGCAAUUUGCAUACUUCCAGCUUGUUAGGCAAUACCUGCAGCUGUUGCAAUCAGACUGCAACAUGCAGGGUUGCCGGAAUGACAACUGGUUCAUCUCAGCACAAAGGAAAGGGGCUGCUGACAGAAGGAUUCUUUUCCCACAGAUGCCUGUUGCUCGCCGGAGGUCACCCAGGACCUUUCCAAAGCCAAUGACAUCUACUGGAACCGCUGUGGGAGCCUUAGCAGCAGGUCAGACAGAGAGGCAGCCAUGCCUACUCCAGUCGUGUGUGUGUGUGUGUGUGUGUGUGUGUGUGUGUGUGUUUCCUUUCCUACAAGCUGGGCCUACCAAGAGGUGGGAGUUCCUGCUAAAACUAGUCUUGGAAGUUACCAGACAACUGGGAUGGGGAAGACCUGCUCCUUGGCAUGACCUUUCUUCACAUUUUUUUAAUUAAAUCCCUCCCCUGUGGGUAGCCCUUUGCCUGCCAUUUUAGGCCUGCUCUGCCAUCUUUAUGCCCUAGUGCUUCUUUCUCCUAUGCAGGUGUGAGGGCUAUCUACAGCAGCUGGAAUGUUUUUACCGUUGCUCCCCCAUCGCUGCCCAGUGGCCUCAUCCUCAGCGUCCCACAGCUGUGCUGGCUGUGCCCCUCUGCCAGAGUUUCUGUGACCAAUGGUGAGUGAAGUCUCCUUGUCCCAACUGGGGAAGGAGGGGACCCUGUAGGAGAUGAAGAAACAGGGAAAGAGCAUCGUCUCCUGGAGAUAGCAGAAGAGGAGAAAGUCAUCACAUUGCUGGUGUCCUGUUUAAAUGAAAUGCCCUGCCAUUUUAAGACAGACAAGCAGUGAAAGGCAUACCGGGUUGUUGUUGUUUUGCACUCAAAAGGCCCUUUAUAAGUCAUUUCCCCAAAGAAAUUCAACAAGCUCGGGGACACUGUAUCUAUGACACCUGCAUCUCGCUUUUGGCACACCCAGUUCAAUUUUGGAAUAAAUCAGCUGGAUGUGGGGAAGCUGAGUCAAGUGCAGGAGCUAACCUGGAUAUUGAGGGAAAUCCACAAGCUUUUUAAAGGGUAUCUCCACCCAACACAAACAUACUUCCAUUUCUUGGGCCUCAGGCAGUGGACUGGUGGAAAUAAAUGUAUGUAAUUCUAUUGGCAAAAAAUGUUGAAUUGGGUAACGGUGGGGAAAAGGAGGAAGUGCUUAGUGAGUAUUGACCCUCCAUUGGAACUGAAAAAGAUAGAGAAACUUGGGUUCAUAUCUCCAUAAAACUUAGACAUGAAACUAACAGAGUGACUUUGAGCUGGGGAUUGUUAUUCAGCCUAAUAUACCUCACAGCGUUGUCUGUCGUAAGGAUCAAAAUGGUGUGUGGACUUUGUGCACCAACUUGAGCUCCUUGGAGGUCUGAUAUAACAAAAAUAAAAGGUCUGGUCUGAUAUAAUAAAAAUGGUCUGAUAUAAUAACAAUUAAAGUUCAACUGCUUUCCUAAUUGCCACACCUUCUUAUCACCUCAGGUAUGAUGCUUGCAAGGAAGACCUGACGUGUGCUCGCAACUGGCUCACUGACUGGCAUUGGGGCCCUGAGGGAAACAACUGCAGCCAGGACUGCCUGUCGUAUGGCCAGGUGAGGACACUAAAAGCCCCCAGAUGGAUGCAGCCCUCAGCCCCAGAAAUCACAUGAGUCAUGAAGAGAUGCCUGUACUGAGUCAUGUUUGGGAAAAGCAGUUAUUGGAGGAGAAAGAGGAAUUACACCAUUCCUAGGAGGCCUCAGCUUUAGCACAAACCAAGCCAAGUCUUUCAGCAUUCCUGAAAUCACAUAAAUUACGUGAAAGGGCUUUGUCAACAACUUAAGGUCUUUAUUUCAACUUGUGAUGCCUUUUUAGAAUAAGGUUCCCACUCUUCAAGGGGGAAAAGCUUAAAAGUGAAUGUGCCUCCAACUUUAGGUGGAAGUUGCUGGGGUUUGUAUUCUUCUCUUAAAACAAAUAGACCUAGCUUAUGUGACUACUCACUCCUGGUUCAUCUUUUCAAGGACCACUGUUCCACAGAGGGAUGGUAAUCUGAAUUGAUGUUAGGCUGGGACAUUUUCAGAACUAUUGUAGGAGCCAUGUGUAAAAAUGCUGACAUAAUAUGCUCUUUGGCAUUUUUUAAAACUGUUGUGCCACCAGCAUUCUCUGUCAGAAACUGCAAGUCAAAGACAAAGAAAAUGCCUGAAGUGAUCAGUGGUUUUAAUAUUUCUUUGUAGCUGCCUCUGUAUUGCCAGUUACACAAUGAGGAAUUGUUUCCCACAAGCUUAGCUGAAUAGGCAAGGGGUUUCCUCCCGUCUCUUAAAACCAGGUGACAGACAUCAAGAGAGCACAGUGCUUCCCAAAUACCCAAUUUUAUCUCUCAUCAUGAGGACUAAAAGCCUAAUUGUUGGAGGAGGGAAUUGUUUGUACUCUCAAUGUUAGCAAGAGGCCAGAGACUUCAAAUGUCUUAAGGUCAAUCCGAUAGUAAAUGCUCCAACAUUUCCAAGGUUUAACAAAACAGAAACAUCUCCAAGGUUUUCCUUGGAUGUACAGGGCACCCAAGGGGCGAUCUUGGUCAAUGAAGCCUCUUCUGUGUCUUGCUUUAAAAAACCACACACACACACACAAAAUCCCAGCUGCAGUUCAAAAGGCAGGUGCUACAUUACCCCGAAGGUUGGCAGAAAUUGAAACCCCUCAUAUUAUCUAACUCUACAUGACAUGCUUCAGCCUUUCCACUGGAGGUGAAGCUAAUUCCUGCUGACUGCUGGUCGGCUUGCACUGAGACAGUCAUUUGAACCUUCGGGCAGCUAGCAGAGUUUGUGUCCAGUGACAGGCAGGCAGGCAGGCAGGCAGGCAGAGAGCAACAGCUUGGCAGGAUGCCUGUCAGAAGAAAUGGGCAGUAUAUGACUGACAGUGUAAUAACGUCAGCACCAUACAGCUCGUCCCUUCUUCCCCUGCAGUGUUUGCCCAACAAAGAGGACAGACAGGAUUGCUAGCAAUGUGUGGUGGCUGCUGCCCUUUUGAAUUGGUGGAGCUGUCAUUUGCAACCCACUCUCUCCCCAAACUGAGGUUUUUUUACUGUAUUUUAGAAAGCAAGAUAGUGCAUCUAAUUGUUAUGUACUGAGUUGAAUAGGAUCCAAAAUGCAGCAGUCUGAUUGGUCCUAGAAAAAUAGGAUUCAGAAUGCAGCAGUCUGAUUGGUCCUAGAACAAUAGGAUCCAGAAUGCAGCAGUCUGAUUGGUCCACAGGAGCCACCCAAUCCAACUCCGGGUGGAAGUGAAUCCGCAAUCUGAUUGGCCUACAGGAGAAUCCCAGAAUUAGCCAAUCACAUGGGACCCAUUGUGUAAAUAAUGUAUAUAAAGCAGACAUUUUGGGGAAACUUCCAUUCCUCACUACUCUGAGCUGAAUAAAGAGCAUGAAAUCCACACUCGACUCCGAGUAUAUUUCACUAAUCAUGCGCAGAACACAAUGGUAUCCCCACAGAAAAAUAUCAACUAUUAUCUCAAAGCAUCAAAGGAUAGGGGGAAUGGUGUGCAAGGCCCUGAGCAUGCUAUCCUGACGAAGUUCUUGUUUAGAAAUCAAGCCACAUCAAAUGGCAUAAGCAAGCAGCAGGCCCAGUUAGUCUGCCUUUCUGCCAUGUGGUAGCUAUUGUGUUGGUCUUUUGGGAUAGGCAGGAGCUAACCAGCAGCCGGGAUUCUAUGAAGCAAGCCCCUCUCACCCCAUGCGGGAGGGACUGUGCUGGUGACAGCUCAAGUCAUCAAGAUACUCACUCUGCUGCAGGCCCCGCAAAAUGUUGUCUGUCUUCGGCUUCCUCCAGCCCCAGCCAGCAUGGCCAAUGGUCAGGGUUCAUGGGCGCUGGAAGUUCCAACAACAGUCUCUCACCCCCUUUGGGUAUCUUGAGUCUGCUGAGUGACAGAUUAGUUUGGAAAACUAAAGCAAAACAAGGUAAUGCAUUUGUCUUUCAUAUUGUGCUGCUCCUUCUUCUCUUCCCACCCACCCCCUUGCCCAGUGGCGGACCUACAUUUGGGGGGCCACUGUCGCCCCCCCCCUUUACAACCAGCAAUGAGGUCUGGGUAACCAGUAUUCUGUUUUUCAAUGGGGUUGUUCCACAACAGAUCGCCACACCUUUAUGUCGUCUUUGUGGGAUGGUUGAAAUAUAGGCAACAAAAAACUAAUCAAUUUGAGUCAUGUGACUCAAAUUGGGUCUACUAGACCCAAAAUGUUUAAGCAAUGUGGACUGAAGUUGCUUCUGGGGUCCCUCUGGGAUGAAGGGCCCUUAAGCUUCAUUGGUUUCCUAGUAGAUCUGCCCCUGCCCUCACCCCAGAUUGGUUUGUUUGGAUGAUACUCUACCCUUCUGCUCAUAAAGACACAGCCACCCCUGCUGAAAGUCUGUUGACAUCCCUCUGCCUCGGCCCAGUAUACCUGAAGGAGCGUCUCCAUCUCCAUCAUCCGGCCCGGAAACUGAGGUCCAGCUCCAAGGGCUUUAUGGCGGUUCCCUCACUGCGAGAAGUGAAGCUACAGCGAACCAGACAGAGGGCCUUCUCGGUAGUGGCGCCCGCCCUGUGAAACACCCUCCCUUCAGAUGUCAAGGAAAUACAGUGGUACCUCAGGUUACAAAUGCUUUGGGUUACAAACUCCGCUAACCUGGAAGUAGUUACCUCGGGUUACGAACUUUGCCCCAGGAUGAGAACGGAAAUCGCGUGCCAGCGGCAUGGCGGCAGCAGGAGGCCCCGUUAGCGAAAGUGCACCUCAGGUUAAGAAUGGUUUCGGGUUAAGAAUGGACCUCUGGAAUGAAUUAAGUUCAUAACCCGAGGUACCACUGUACAGUAAACAACUAUCUGACUUUUAGAAGACAUCUGAAGGCAGCCCUGUUUAGGGAAGUUUUUAAUGUUUGAUGUUGUUGCUUUUUUAUUAUUGUUAUUGGUGUUCUGUUGAGAGCUGCCCAGAGUGGCUGGGGAAACCCAGCCAGAUGGGCAGGGUAUAAAUAAUAAGUUAUUACUAUUAUGAUGAUGAUGAUGGAGUGUUGUUCAAGCCUUAACUUCUGCACUGAGGCUUCUCAGAACAGGAGCGCUUCACAUUCACAGCUCCCCACCUCUCUCUUCCCCUCAGAUGUACAAGGAUGGCAAAGAGCUCUGCGAAACCAUCUGGGAUGAUUCCUUCGUAGCCAGCACUGAUCCUUGCGAGUGCCUGACGCUGACGACCUCCGACUCGGCCCUCUCUGCCUCUUAUUUGCGUCUUGAAGACAGCGACAGCAUCGAGGAGCCAGACACCACCAAGGAAGGCAUUGAAAGAGGCCGCACCAGCCCUGGAGGGCCCUGCCCAGGCAACCCCCUGCUCCGUCGCCUGCGGAGAAACAUGCAGAAGCGCUCGGUCUUCAUGGAAGAUGUGGAGGGUAGUGGGAGCGGGUUCUGAUUGGAGACAGCCAGCCUCCCAGGGGAAAAUAACCCCCUCCCCUGUGAUUUUCUGAGGCUUGGGGGGAUCGCUUGUGAUCUAUGCAAAUCCUUCAUGUCCCGUGUCACCAGCUUCUUGCCAUCCUGUAUAGCUCUGUGCAACCUGGGUGUAGCCGUGGCAGAGGAAGCAGGUGUGGCAAUUUAGCCGAGCACUCUCAUUCCCCAUGCCCUAGAAGCAGAGUUUACCCCACCAGAGCACCACCUUCUACUCCCGGUAUGCCUGUCUGUGGCUGCUGCAUCCCCUACACACGUCUUGUACAUCGAAUCAUAGAAUUGUAGUGCUGGAAGGGACCACGAGGGUCAUCUAGUCCAACCCCCUGCAAUGCAGGAAUCAUUUUGCCCAGUGUGGGGCUUGAACCCACAACCAUCUAGAACAGCAGGGUUGGAGAGCAGUCAGUGGUGGUUUCUUCACUCUCAACACCCUGCCUUCCCUCCCAAUGACUAAAACACCCAUUCCCACCCACCCCCAGUGGUCCUCAAAUCUGUCUCCUCUAGCACUAUGGGGGAGGGAGCGAUGUCUGUCUUUCAAAGGCCCUGGCCUGAGAGAGUGAGAGGUUGCAUAGACUAAGAAUAAAUAAGUUAAUGAGAUCAUUCUGGACUGACUAUUAACCCCAGCUACUAAUAAUAAGGCUUUAGGUAUGUUUGCCUGUAGAACUGAGCCAAAAUGAAAUAGCCUUCGCUGUUUGCGCUUGACACAGGCAGCAGAAAAAAUCACUGCCUAGGAAGUAGGAUCUGAGAGUUAAAAGGCUGGCUACAGUUCUGUAGCAAGGAAACUGCAGAUCUUUGUAAACCAGUAGCUGCUGCAGUAUUAAAAUGGCCAGUGCUUCAUAGUUAGCUUAAAUUUGUAUAUAACCAAACACAGAAGGGGGAGGAGAAAGAGAUUGUGCCACUGAUGUGGCUAGAUUUAGAUUGGGUAUCAUUGUAAUAAUUCAAUGUGUGUAUCAUGGAGAAGUUUAAAACAUCCAUUUUAAAAAAUAUACAGAGCCUCCAGUCUGAACUGGUCAGUGCCAUGUACUAGUUUCUCCUAGGCAGAAAAGUAGUUUGUGAACCAAAAAAAGAAAACAGCAUCUCAUCUUGAGUGGGUGAGUGGACAGAAUAGUAAGAUCCCUGGAGUUAGAAUCAUAGAAUUCAGUGCAGGAGUCCAGCCCUCAGCCGUCCCUGGGGGGGCUCAAACCACCAACCUCCUGGUUAACAGCCGGUUCUUACCCAUGUCCUCCGUAUCUUAUACAGCACUCCUUGAAUUUCACCACAUCAAGCCCUGUAUUACCAUGUGCAAACUUCCUUUAUAAUAUUGUCCACCUUCUGUCCAAAACAGAUCUCGUGUCACAAACAUGCUCUGCUUUAUCAGCUGCCCUGUCAUGCUCUUGCUUGUUCACCCCUGUCCAUGUUUGUUGCAAACUGCACACUAUGUAUUGGUUCAAACCUAUUACUUGUGGAGAAAAUAAACAACAAAAACGAC